CCUGUGUUGCUGGGUGCAGAGUCCUGAUUUUACUCAGACCGGCAGCAGUUUAGAGAGGGGAUAGAAGGGGGCCUGCGAGAGGGAGACAGAGAGAGAGAGAGCCUGAGACUGACUUGGGAUGAGGCAGGGAGGAGUGAGAGAGGCACCGUGACAAGGAAGACAGCAGAGGAAGAAAGUGACUUGAGCACUCCAGAAGGACAAAGAGGAGUGGUUGGGGGUGGGGUGAGGCCGAGGCAGGGCGGGGAAGGAGUCGCCGCCCUCCCGCCCGCCGCUCCUUCCCGGCGCUGCGCCUGCGAUGCUCCUGUUUGCAGGGAUGCUCAGAGGCCAGGCACCUGCUGCUCUGUAAUGAUUCAGCCUCUUUCCGCCGCGUUAACACAACAGGAUGCUGUUGCUACUGUCGCUGCUGCCUCUCUUGCCGCCGCCGCUGCUCCCGCCGCUGCCGCCCCUGGUCCUGCUGUUGCUCUUACUUCUCCUGCAUGACAGUUGUUUUCUUCAUCUAAGCAGACACCAGCUUCAGAUGCUUGAGGUGAGAAACAUGCCUUUCAGUUUGGGCUACUGGUUUACUUAA